AUGCAGGUAAGGGUAUGGGAAGUGGCUGAGCCCAGCACGGGCGAGACAGAGGCGGGCAGCGAUGAAGACUCGGACGAGGGGGAGAAGUACGAUGACGACAUGCUCAAUCUGAUGAGGGCCCAGGUCAACGCCGAGAAGAAGAUGAAAAAACUUCUGGCACUCAAGAUCAAACAGGAGGAGGAGGAGUGGAGAACCAGUGUGUACACGCUGACCAGUGUGGGAGGGAAGGGCGAGGCGGAGUUGAUCCGGCUCCUCUUCGUCAUCGCCAACCAGCCGUUCAAGGACGAGCGGAUCACCAAGGAGGAGUGGGAGGAGAUGAAACCAACCACUCCUUACCAGACUCUGCCCAUUCUUUCACGCUGUGGGAGACAGUGGGGCGAGGCAGGUGCUAUUGUCAGGAUGUUGGCUAGAAAAUUUUUGCUACUGGGUGUGAUCAAUGACGAGCAUCUGAUUGUUGAGGCCACAUACGAGCGGCUACGUCGGCUCAAGCACCAGAACAACAGGGCCAUCUCAUGGGUCAUCAGUGGGGAGAAAAACAGAGAGAAACUGGAGUGGGCACAAGGCCAACUUCUACACGUCAUCCUGCCCCCAGCGCUGAAGGAAUGGGAUCAGCUCCUGCAAAAAACCAGGGGACCGUUUAUUGCAGCCUCGGGGAUGACGAUGGCUGACAUAGCAAUUGUGGACUUCCUUGACCAGUGCUCCUCCCACCUCAUGAUCGAUUCCCUCCUUUCUGAUUUCAUGGCUGUCAGCGACCUUCUCACCGUCAUCAAAGCUUGCCCCAGUCUCAGGAAAUAUGGGGACGAGAGGCCAGAAGACUAAGGCUCAGUGUCAGGAAAUCUUCAUCAAAUUAAAAUGGGGAAAAAGGGACGUGACCGUUGAUUGAUUUGUGAAACUUAAGGGGAAAAGGGACGUAACCGUUGAUUGAUUUGUGAAACUUAAGGGGAAAAGGGGCGUAACCGUUGAUUGAUUUGUGAAACUUAAGGGGAAAAGGGACGUAACCGUUGAUUGAUUUGUGAAACUUAGGGGGAAAAGGGACGUAACCGUUGAUUCAUUCCACAGCUGCUUAAAAUAUCAGAGCACAGUUCGGCGCGAUACUGGACUUGAAAGGGUACACCCGGAAGUAAAACAAGCGCUGCGUUUAUUCAUAACUUCCACAUUUCGAAAUCCUUAAAUGAAAGACCACCUGUAAAGUGUAAGGUUUACUUUGCAGAAAAAAGAGGCUAGUUUUGGCUAAGAGGAAGGGAAACGUUAUACAUUUUAAAACGGCAAAAAAAAAAGUACCACAACUAAGAAACACAAUAAG